GACGAAGUUUGGUAUAAAGCACAACCGAUGGGUACGAAUCACAUCAAUGAAAUGAUGAAGCGAAUCGUUGCUGGCACUUCUCUGGAAAGUAGCAGCAAGAAAUUGACAAACCACAGCGCUCAGAAGACCCUUGUCAACAAGUUAAGAAAUGCAAUGUUGAAUGGUCCUCCAUUGUUAAGGUUACUGGCCAUCGAAACAAUCAAUCAAUCAAAACUUAUUAAGCACCAUUAA